AAACGAAACAAAACAGUGAAACGAAAAGGCAUAGAAAGAGCAGAGACUCAAUAAAAUACCCAACAAAGGAAAACAUAAAAUACUAUUGGAAAUUAAAUAAAAGAUUUUACUGAAAUACGAUGACGAUAAUAUUUUUAAUAUCGCAUUUUACUUCCGAAUACAAUGGGAAAGAACUUUUAAGAACAAAAUAUUUUUUUCCCCCAGAUAUUAUAUUCGGCUUUGUUUGAAGUUGUGUUUGGUUUCUUUUUGGGUUUUUUCCUUUUUGUGGAUAGGCAAUGAUAAAAAAUUUCUUUUACCUCUCAACAACAGUGCCACUUCACAUUGUUUUAGUAGUCACAAAUGGAAGCUGUUGUGACUUCUUUUCUGAGAUGUUGACAAGCUGGAGUAUCUAGUUCUAAGUAUGGCCUGAUUUUGCUUCUUGGUUGAAUAUAAUUAUGGCCUUUCUUUGUCGAGGUGCCCAGGGAAGCUCAACUGGAUGGUGAAUUCGAGAUGUAGUAGUUCUUUUUGGUGAAUUUUUUGAGCAGUUGCAGUAAUUCUUGGGAAAUGGUACCUUCUAGGCCUGGAAAUUCAAUUGGUGGCGCUCAAUCUGGUUCUCCUGCACUAAUGCGAUCGAAUUCUGCUAUUUUGGGAUCUCAAGGUGGUUCAAUGCCUCAACAAGCUACAUUUUCAUCACUUGUCUCACCAAGAGUGCAGUAUAACAUGAAUUUGCUAGGUAGCACAGCAAACGUUUCAUCACUUCACAAUCAGACUUUCGGAAAUGGGGGUUCUAACUCUGAUCUCUCUGGUGCUAGUGGUUUGCAGCAGAGAGGUUUUGAUGCCACUGCUGAGUCUGAUCCUCUCACCGCUGUAGCAAAUGAGAUUGGUUUUAAUGCACCUCCUUCAUCGUUCACACCAUCAACCAUUGCAAAUUUUGGGUCAUCAGGCCAAAUUCCAAAUCAGCAAAUUACAAACUAUGCUGGAAACCCUGAAAUGUUAGAUCAACAGCAAUCUCAAGUUAGACAAUUUGAGCCGCAAAAGUUUCAUCAGGGUCAGCAGUCAAUGCAGCAGUUCCCUCUUUCACAGAGUCAAUCACUUCAGCAAUUUCAAUCAACCCGAGGAGAGUUAGGGGCCAAAAGUGCAGUCAAGUUGGAACCUCAGACUAUAAAUGAUCAGGUUGGUCCCCAGCAACAGUUGCAGUCAUUCCGGAAUGUUGGACCAGUGAAGCUAGAGCCUCAACAGAACCAAGGUGGAAGAGGCAUAGGACCUGUAAAGUUGGAACGUCAACAGUCUGAUCAGGCAAUGCUUUUGCAGCAGCAGCAGCAACAACAACAACAGCAGCAGCAGCAGCAGCAGUUCCUCCAAUUGUCCAGGCAGUCUUCUCAAGCUGCUCUUGCACAGAUGAAUCUUUUGCAACAACAGCGUAUGUUGCAGAUGCAAUAUCACCACCAAUUGUUGAAGUCACUUCCUCAACAAAGGCCUCAACUACAGCCACAGUUUCUGCAGCAGAAUUUGCCUAUAAGAUCUGCUGUUAGACCAGCUUAUGAACCUGGCACUUGUGCUCGGCGUUUGACUCAAUACAUGUAUCAGCAACAGUAUAGGCCUAAUGAUAACAAUAUUGAAUUCUGGCGAAAAUUUGUUGCCGAAUAUUUUGCUCCUAAUUCAAAGAAAAGGUGGUGUGUUUCGUUAUAUGGAAAUAGUCGGCAGACUAAUGGUGUUUUUCCUCAGGAUAUAUGGCACUGUGAAAUAUGCAACCGCAAACCAGGUCGUGGUUUUGAGACAACUGUUGAGGUUCUGCCCAGAUUAUUUAAAAUCAAAUAUGAUAGUGGCACUUUGGAGGAGCUUCUUUAUGUUGAUAUGCCGCGUGAAUAUCUUAAUGGAAAUGGUCAAAUUGUCCUCGAUUAUGCAAAAGCAAUACAGGAGAGUGUUUUCGAGCAUCUUCGUGUAGUUCGGGAUGGUCAACUUCGUAUUGUUUUCUCUCCAGAUCUAAAGAUUUGCUCUUGGGAGUUUUGUGCACGGCGUCAUGAGGAGCUUAUCCCUCGGAGAUUGAUAAUACCUCAGGUAAGUCAACUUGGAGCUGCUGCACAGAAGUACCAAGCAUCUGCACAGAAUUCAUCAUCCAACUUAUCUGCACCGGACUUACAGACUAACUGUAACAUGUUUGUUGCAUCUGCUCGUCAAUUGGCAAAAGCCUUGGAUGUCCCUUUAGUUAAUGAUUUAGGGUACACAAAGAGAUAUGUACGGUGCCUUCAGAUAUCAGAGGUCGUUAAUAGCAUGAAGGAUUUGAUUGAUUAUAGCCGUGAGACAAGGAUGGGGCCAAUAGAAAGUCUGGCCAAGUUCCCAACAAGGAGUUCCCCAUCAUCUGCACAGCAUAGUUCAGCUCCGCAAAUUGAGGAGCAACAGCAUGUUACUAGAGAAAAUGCAAAUAAUGAUCCUCAUUCAAUACAAUCAACUGUUCUGCAGCCUUAUACAAGCAAUGCUGUUGCCAGUGUGAACAACUCCCAGUGUGCAAAAUCCACUUCAUCUGCUUCCACCAUUGUGGGGCUUCUUCGACAGAAUUCCAUGAAUUCGAGGAUUGAAAACCAGAUGAACAAUCCGAACAGUCCCUAUGCCGGAACCCCGGUUCCAAUCCCAUCAGCAGGGUCCUCUACUUCUUUGCCACUAACUCAGCCCAAUCCUUCUUCACCAUUCUCUUCUCCAAUGCCAUCCUCGUCUAGUCUCCCUCCCCAAAGUUCUCAUAAUGCCUUGGGUACUUCAACUACAGCAAAGAGUGUCAAUUCAGCGAAUCCAUCUGCACAGAUUCCACCACAGCAGUCAUCUCAGACAAGUGAGGUUGACCCAAAUGAAUCUCAGAGCUCUGUCGAGAAAAUCAUUCAAGAAAUGAUGAUUUCAUCACAGUUCAGUGAGACUGGUAGCAUGGUCAGUGUUGGCUUUAUGGAGAAUGACUUGAAUAACAACAAUGGGCUUCCACAGGUGAGCGGCAGCUGCUUGAUGGGGAAUGGGUUUGUUAACAACAAUUCAGGCAUCGGAAGUGGAGGAGGAUUUGGGAAUAUGAAUGGAGGGGUGGGUCUUUCUCCCAAUCCAACUGCUAUGAGAUCUACCAUGGGGAACAACUCUAUGAAUUACACUGGAAGGGUGAGCAUGCCAUUGAUGCCUCAAGAUGCUAUGAACCAUCAGCAGCAAGAAUUAGCUAACAGAUUACUGAAUGGGCUUGGAGCCGUAAAUGGGUUUAGUAACCUUCAAUUUGAUUGGAAAUCCCCCUAAAUUAGCCUUGCUGACUAUUUUUUUAUGCAUUUGCGGAGGUGUGUGGUGUUAAUACAGAGUGCUUGUGCCAUGCAUCCUGGUUUUGCCUUUAGAGUUUGGAGUGGUGAUGCAUAGUUAAGAGGAUUUCUUCAACCUGAUACCUGUUAAUAGAGAGAAGGGCAACAUGUAACUCAGCCUUGGCGGUUGAAUAGUUAAUUGUUUACAUUGCUUUUCUUUCCCCUCUCCACUAUCUACAGUGUGCUGUGUCAUGGCCAGCGUGUGAGACCCAAGAGUGGCAGCGGUACACACGAGAGUAUUGGUGGCCAUGCAUGCGAGGAAGGUCUGCACGAGUGUCCUAAUAUGAUUUGGAGGUGUUCCCAGUGCAUUCAAAUGGAACUGGGCUUGAAGCUUUCCGAGUAUAGCUUCCAAUCAUUGUUCUCGUUCUGAUAGAAAUUUUGUAGUGCAUGAAUGAAUGAAUAUAAAUAUUUUAUUUUGUUAGUAAUGAACGUGCUUGAGGAGAA